UCAAAGAAUAAAGUCAUGAUUGAUGUAUAAUUUGACAGUCAUGACAGUUUAGGUAAAUCAUAUUUCAGUAACGGUUAUCAAAAUCUCAUGUUUUACAAAUUUUUGUUAUGUAUACUAAUGUUCACAAAAGAAUGUUUUACAAACGAUGUAAAUUCCAACGUAUCAGCUGACAUGAUCAAGAUGGGAGAACAGAUGGAGUUGGGGACUUGGGUCCCUCGAGUUGUCAACGGCUAUCCAGCCAAGUUAGGAGAUGUUCCGUAUCAAAUAGCUAUAAAAUUUUUAGUGAAUCGUGCAAGAAACUUAUACAUGACCAUUUGUGGUGCUACGUUAGUUGCUCCCAAUAAAAUGAUAACAGCUGCUCACUGCUUUGAAGAACGGGGGAUAAGUAACUGUCAUAAGCUUUUCUAUCCAGGACAAGCCAGUUCUGGUUCACUGAAACACAGAUAUGCGGUUGCUGGAAACCUAUUGAACAUAGCAAAAUAUUCUGCGUCCGACAGUGACGGUCAAUGGCGAGCAUUGAACCGAGUGAUUUAUCCGAAAAACUAUGUGUUUCCAAAACAUGACAUAGCCGUUGCUUUUUCAAAAGCUCCCUUCACAUAUAAUGCUCACGUUGGUCCAAUACCAUAUGCUAAAAGGCAUACUGAUUAUAACGGUAAGUGUUUGGUCUCCGGCUAUGGAAGAACAGGACAAGCAGCAAAGGAUAUAACUAAAAUACUUCUAUUGGCGAAUUUGGACAUCAUGCGUAAUGAAAUGUGCAGUAAGGUGCAUAGCAGACGUAUGGAUCUAUUUGUAUGCACCUAUUCUUCGGUCACUGACAUCGGAAUGGGUGAUGAUGGUGGUCCUCUCAUAUGUAAAAAUACAGGUGAUCCGAAUGAAAGUACCAAAGGAGUGUUAGUUGGUGUCGUCAGCGGCCACGCUAGUGGAAAAGGAUCAUUCUUCACUAGAGUUUCUAAAUACUAUGGUUUUGUAAAUAAGGGUUCUAUAUCAGUUUUUGGCUUAUCACUCUACCUGGAUAUAUUUCUUACUAUAACAAUAGCGAAAAUAUACAAAACAUUUUUAUACUGACGAGUUUUAAUUUUA